AUGGACAAAUUCUCCAUGGAUUUAUACAGAUCUUCAUGUCAAUGCUUCCUCAGCAAAGUCAUCCCAAGCCAACACGUUAAUUUCAAGAGGAACGGUACCUUUACUUUCAAAGGAGACGAUGUUCUUUCGGAGGAACACGAGUGCAUCAUUUUUAGGAAAUUGGAACCGGGCAUGUCGGUAGUAAUGCAUUUAUUGCGUCCUGAGUAUCACCAAAAAGGAUGGUUCAAGGUCACUAACAAGGCUGCGGAAGGCAUCGCAUCCAUCUUAUUCGACACCCAAGUACGUGUGUUGCAGGAUAUCAUCCAGCAAGAAAAGGACAUUAAUAGUCGUCAUGUACGCUGGUUAACCGGAGAGAAGGACAAUGACAUCUUGGUAUACGUCGACUUUGAUACAAUUGAGCUGUACUCAUGCAUAGGAAAGGAAAUGGCUCAGUUGUACCAUGGAGAUUUCAACACCCCAGAGCUCUUGAUGCAGCAGAUUGCCAAUCAGGUCGUUGUCCUUACUCUUGGCUUAGUGCGCUUGUCCAACAUUGUGCCCAAAAUUGAAGGAUUCAUUGCGCAUGUGAUUUGCAUAGAGAUACAUGAAGUUGAAUUAUGA